GCAGAUUCAACGACAGUCGGUGAAGCACUGCAAUGUGCUGGCUCGCAUGCCCGCCACAUUGAACCUCCAGCUCCGGCCUUGGGAUUAUUACUGAGGAAUUUUCCAUCUUGAUCUCCUCUUCAUUCCUUUUCUUCUGACUUCAGCAUUCAAAAGCCAAUCAACAGAAUUUGGAACCGGAUAGCUUCUAAACCAGUUACUCUGGACCGCGAAUCCUGCAAGGUCUUCUUCUAAAACGACGACACUGCCAACAUGGCUUACAUAGCCCCAAUCCACCGACCAAGUAGCAUUCGCCAUGCAUUGAAGCUCAAUUUCCUGAGUCCCGACGAUGAGUGUCUCGUCGUGGCUAAAGCUAAUCGGCUCGAGUUCUAUACGCAGACUCCUGAUGGUCUUGCGCUUCAGCAUUCCAAUGGCAUUUAUGGAAAGGUUACCAUGCUACAGAAACUCCGCCCUGCCCUCUCCCCCACCGAUCACCUGUUCGUCGGAACCGACCGUUUUCAAUACUUCACACUGUCUUGGAAUCCGGCUAAGAAGCAGCUACAAACCGAAAAGAAAUUCGAAAGUGUUGCCGAUAAUGCUGCAAGAGAAUCGCAAACGGGGGAGAGAUGCCAUGUGGAUCCCUCGGGAAGAAUCAUGACUCUCGAAGUGUACGAGGGCAUCAUAACGGCCAUCCCUCUCGUCCAGAGGGGCAAGAAGAGGAAGCAAGAGCCUGAAAUAUCGCAUCUCGGCGAACCGCAGCCUUUAAGAAUACCGGAGAUGUUCGUGCGGUCCUCCGCGUUCCUUCGCCAGCCCUCCAAUGAUGAGAAGGCCAAGCUUGCUCUUCUGCACGAAGAUACAGAUUCAAAAGUGAAGCUCAGGUUUCGUGAAUUAUCAUUGUUGGGCCAAGAUACCAUUGAGCUCGAUGAAGGGGAAGUCUACCGCGGUGAUAUUGAGCUGGGCGCCAGCCAUCUUAUCCCAGUAGAAGGACCCUCAUAUGGUAUGAUCAUUCUAGGCGAGACAUCGAUAAGUUACUAUAAAGACGGCGAAUUAUUUACCGAGCCGCUCGACGAUGCAACGAUCUUUGUGGCAUGGGAAUGCAUAGACAAGAAUCGGUUCGUCUUCGCCGAUGAUUAUGGGGGUUUGUAUCUGUUCAUGUUACUAUUGGAUGAGCACGACCAGGUACAGUCCUGGAAAUUAGACCUUCUUGGUAAAACUUCCCGAGCAUCGGUGCUGGUAUAUCUAGAUGCGGGCUAUGUCUUUGUAGGAUCACACCAAGGGGAUUCUCAAGUAAUUCGGAUCGCGGAAAAAUCGAUGGAGGUGGUACAGACCUUCGCCAACAUUGCGCCGAUUCUAGACUUCACGAUCAUGGAUAUGGGGAACCGAUCAGGCGAAGGGCAACUCAACGAAUACUCUUCUGGACAGGCCCGAAUCGUGACUGGAAGCGGUGCUUAUCAAGACGGCAGCUUGAGGAGCGUUCGAAGCGGCGUCGCUCUUGAAGACGUCGGCGUUCUGGGAGAGAUGGAACAUAUAUCCAAUCUGUUCGAUCUCAAAUCCAGUCCAUCCCUCGGAGCGGUGGACACCUUACUUGUUACAUCAGUAACGGAGUCGCGCGUAUUCCGCUUCGAUGCCAGUGGGGACGUGGAGGAGAUUGAUGAAUUCGCUGGGCUAUCUCUUGCAGAAACAACACUUGCUGCAUCAAAUGUGCCUCAGGGCCGCGUGGUGCAGAUCACCCCAUCUCGCGUUCAGCUCACAGAUCUCGAUGGCGGCAUGGUAGUCGGCCAAUGGACACCACCUGACGGCACGAACAUCACAGCUGGCACCACAAAUCCCACGCAUGCACUCAUCUCACUGGGGGGUGUGAGUGUGAUUGCGCUGAGCAUUGAUGAUGGACUACGGGUCGUCAGCGAGAAGAUGUACGGUACUGACAGCCAAGUCGCAUGUGUUGCAUUACCGUCCGAAGACAGCGCUAUCUGUUUUCUUGGGUUUUGGCAGGACUCGAAGCUCUCAGUUUGCUCUCUCGAUACUCUGGAACCAAUCAAAACAGUACAGGUCUCGGAAAACGCGGUCCCGCGGUCGCUUCUCCUGACUCAAAUAUUUCCACAUCAGGCACCCACCUUGUUUGCCGCAAUGGCGGACGGAAAUGUUGUCACGUACUCCUUCGACCCGUCUUCCAAUGACCUGUCUGGACGGAAAAGUAUUGUCCUUGGAACGCAGCAACCUACGUUCCGGGCACUUCCAAAGGGAAACGGACUAUACAGCGUUUUCGCCACCUGCGAGCAUCCUUCUCUGAUCUAUGGCUCUGAAGGACGCCUCGUCUACUCUGCAGUUACCGCCGAAACGGCUACAAUCGUUUGCCCGUUUGAUUCGGAAGCGUAUCCAGGCUCCGUUGCCGUUGCGACAUCCCAGGACCUGAGGAUAGCCCUCAUAGAUACAGAACGAACUACCCAUGUACAAACUCUCAAAGUGGAUGAAACGGUCCGCCGUAUAGCAUAUGCGCCAUCACUCAAGGCCUUCGGAUUGGGCACGAUCAAAAGGCUCCUGAAAGGUGGAGAGGAGGUUCUCAUUAGUCAUUUCAAACUGGUGGACGAGAUCCAGUUCAAAGAGCUAGACACAUACAGAUUAAAGGAAGGUGAACUUGUCGAAAGCGUUCUCCGCUGUCAACUACCAGACGGGUCCGGCUCAACGGCCGAACGUUUUGUCGUGGGUACCGCAUACUUGGACGACCAGAAUGCCGUUGCGGAACGAGGCCGAAUCAUUGUUCUUGAGGUGACUGAGGAUAGGGUGCUUAAGCUCGUCACCGAACUCGCUGUCAAAGGAGGAUGCAGGUGCCUUGCAAUAUGCCAAGGAAAGCUUGUUGCGGCACUGAUAAAAACAGUUGUCGUCUACGACCUUGAGUAUAGGACUCCCAGCAAGCCAGAUUUGAUCAAACUUGCCAGCUUCCGCUGCUCAACCGCUCCAAUCGAUAUCACGGUCAACGGAUCUUUGAUAACAAUAGCUGACUUGAUGAAAUCAGCCGUAAUCGUGGAAUACACGCGAGGCGAAACUGGUUUGCCGGACAAGAUCACCGAAGUCGCAAGGCACUUCCGUACGACGUGGGCCACAGCUAUCGCCGAGGUCGCGGAAAACACUUUUCUUGAAAGCGACGCGGAAGGCAAUCUUAUUGUUCUGAACCGCAAUCUGCAAGGCGCCACAGAGGACGACAGAAGGAGGCUGAUAGUCAGCGCUCAGAUGCUUUUAGGUGAAAUGGUCAAUCGGAUUAGACGGAUCGACGUGGCUACUGCGUCUGAUGCAGCUAUCAUACCGAGGGCGUUCAUGGCCACUGUGGAAGGAUCCAUCUACCUCUUCUGCCUUAUCUCGCCGUCUUAUCAGAACCUUCUUAUAAAUCUUCAGUCAAAUCUGGCCGAGCUCGUCCAUGCACCAGGGGACAUACCCUUCAACAAGUAUCGCGCCUUCAAGGACUCUGUCACCGAAACCGAUGAACCGGAGCGAUUUGUGGAUGGCGAUCUCAUCGAGAGGUUCUUAGAUUUGACCGAGGAUAUGCAGGUGAAGGCUGUCGAAGGUUUGGACGCUGAUGUGGAAACGAUAAGAGGAAUGGUAGAGACCUUGAGACGAAUUCAUUGAAGCUGCAGACGGGUGUUUGUUCGCGUAGGUUGCAUCACACCAGAGGACAUGUUAUAUAGUUUCAUGGUACAUUUCGUUCUCCAUUGUACUAGGCCGCUUCAAACCUAAUAGUCGCCCUCUAUGAUUUCUGACCAUGCCUGGGUGCCGGCCGAAGAGCACACCUGCUCAUACUCCAGACGCUGUACCUAACCCCAUUGUCUAUC